AUGUUUUUUACAAGACAUGUGGAUGAAAACGGAAUGUUAAACGUAAAUAUUUCAGUUGAGAAUUGUGGGUUGAGUGGGCGACCAAGAUUUCGCCUAAGCCACGAACAGUUGCAGGCUUUACACGGCGAUUGUGGUAUGCGUUGGAGUGACAUAGCUCGAACUCUUGGUGUAUCAGAAAGGACAGUUCGCCGCAGACGACACCAGUUCGGUAUGCCAGUAGAGGGAAGAGAGUUCUCUAAUAUAUCUGAUCAACAGUUAGACAAUUUCAUUGCUCGAAUUCUUCAAGCAACCCCGGCAGUUGGUUUGAGAAUGAUUAUGGGAUCACUAAGGCAUCAUGGUCACACAGUACAAAGGCAUCGCGUACUACAUUCUAUACAAAGGGUCGAUCCCGUUACGUCCACCCUUAGAAAUUCUAGAAGAAUUAUCCGAAGAUCAUACAAUGUUGCCUGUCCAAAUGCAUUGUGGUAUGUUUAA